AUGACUGAGAAUGAAUAUGACAUUUAUGUUUGGACACCACUUAUAUGUUUUGCAUUUUUAGGAAAAAAUGACAUAUGUAUUCCUAGACUUGAUUCCAAAGCAUUUAUUUUAUCGACUGAAGUAGAAGUUUUGGUCCAAGAAAAUGCAAAAAACAAUAUUUAUAGUAAACAGACAAAUGACUUGUCAAAAUUGGAACACUGCACCAAAAUCUUACUGUCAAGAAAAAAUCUCUCCAAAUAUAUCAAACACAAUUCCUCCAUAAUCAACUCAAAUCCUCAAGAUAAUCAAACAAAUGAAAAUUUCAACCUUGCAGGCUUUAAAGAUGCAGAGGCAACUUCCUACAUUACCAGUGUUGUACAUGGGACAUGUCCGCCUAAUAUUGAGCGGACAUGGACAUGUCCUGGACAAU